AUGGCAGAAUUACCAAAGUUUGUUGCUCUUAAAUCAGUCAGCGACCACAAAUACUUGGUCUACAAAGACCAAUCCACCUCAGAGCUGCCAGAUAUUCUCCAAUGCUCCGGAGAGGAUGUUCAUAGCAAAUACGCAAGGUUCAAAGUGGAGAAGGACGUAAACCUCCCCAAUCUGGUGCAUAUAAAAUCCACCUACAUCGACAAAUACUGGAGCACGCCAAGCCAAGACAGUUCGUGGAUUGUGGCCGGGGCUAACGAGAAACAGCCAAAUAAAAACCUGUGGUCAUGUACACUCUUCAAGCCUGAGGUUGUGCAACACCCACUACCGUACGUCGACGGCAUAUACCGGUUCCGCCAUGUGAAAAUGGAAAACUUUGUAGAGCCAAAACCUGGAACCGACUUUGACAAUGCCCUCGCUGCAGUACAGGCAACCCCCGACGAAAACAAUGCCUUCAUUGUCGAACGCCUUCCAGGAUGA